AUGUCUUCAGUCACCUACCUUAGUUUAGCCGUCAAUAAUUUUGUUGGGGAACUUCCAUUUGACAUCGGAUAUACACUUCCAAGCAUCCAAACAUUCAUACUGCAACAAAAUAAGGUUGGAGGAAAAAUCCCUGCAUCGCUAGCCAACGCAACCAAUUUCCUGUCCAUUAACCUUGGGGCCAAUGCAUUCUAUGGUACUAUCCCUUCUUUUGGGUCUCUUUCUAACCUAGAAGAGCUAAUUCUGGCAAGUAAUCAGCUAGAAGCUGGAGACUGGUCAUUCCUCUCCUCGUUGGCAAAUUGCACGCAGCUGCAGGUCUUGUCUUUGGGAACCAACAUGAUGCAAGUAUACAAGGGUGUCCUUGAGUCUGAAACAAAUGGAAUGAUUGCUGUAAAAGUUUUCAAGCUUGAUCAACUUGGAGCACCAAAAAGCUUUGCUGCCGAGUGCGAGGCCUUUAGAAACACUCGUCAUCAUAAUCUCGUAAGGGUGAUUUCUGCCUGCUCAACAUGGGACCACAAAGGGAAUGAUUUCAAGGCUCUUAUUAUUGAAUACAUGGCUCACGGUACCCUAGAGAGCUGGAUUUAUUCGGAAACGAGAAGACCGUUGAGUUUGGGCUCCAGAGUAACAAUCACAGUGGAUAUGGCUGCUGCACUGGGUUAUUUACAUAACAGUUGCAUGCCCCCUAUAGUCCAUUGUGAUUUGAAGCCUAGCAAUGUGCUACUAGAUGAUGUCAUGGGUGCCCGUCUCAGUAACUUUGGGUUAGCUAAGUUCCUUCAAAAUCACAACUCUUCAAGUACUGUUACUUCUACGAGCUUAGCAGGACUGAGAGGAUCAAUUGGAUACAUUGCACCAGAGUAUGGCAUCGGGAACAAGAUCUCAACAGCGGGCGAUGUAUAUAGCUAUCGAAUUAUCAUCCUAGAAAUGCUCACUGGGAAACGCCCAACAGAUGAGUUGUUCAAGAAUGGUCUGAGCCUUCAGAAAUUUGUGGGAAAUGCAUUUCCUACAAAGAUCCACGAGAUACUUGAUCCUAAUGUCAUCAUCCAAAAUUUCGGAGACGAAGGCGUGGACAGAAACCUAGACCAAGGAAACCAUGCAAUGGUGGGAAUGCUGAGCUGCAUUAUGCAGCUUGCUCAGCUUGGUCUCUCAUGCUCCACGGAGACACCAAAAGAUUGGCCGACAAUGCCGGACGUCUACGCAGAAAUCUCCGCAGUCAAACGAGAAUACUGUGCGCUGCGUGUCAAGGAAUAGGACAUUUUGUUUUUGCUCGCAUGUAUGUUACUUACGGGUGAGCUGUAGUCUAUGCUUAUUUUGCUCAAGUGACUGAAAGAUAUGUUCCUGAAAAGCCUCUUGAAAUGUAGGAUUCUAUGGUGUACAUUUUGUUUUUUUAGAACGAAGACGCUUGAAGCGUCCGGCUUUAACUGAAUAAAGCCCACAACAGGCAGCGUACACACACAUAAAGUCUUACAAGACGACGAGCACCCUCAAAAGAUCAGGCAGGGCGAGGGAAUGGUGUACAUUUUGUUCUGGUAGUGAUAUUUCAUCAAGGGAAAUACUGAUCCACCGCGUGAUAAAAGUGCGGAAGAAAACAUGUUGUCAGGCUGCAGCAUAGGGAUGUCAAGGCUGACUGUCUGAUGUACUCUGAAAGUCUGAAUGUGUUGUGUUAUAUUACAAGAGGAACUAUGUCGACGCCUACUGCCCAAUAUAUACUAUCAGUAGCACUUGUCCUCUGAUUGCGCGCAUGAUGCUACGGUGU